GGUGCGUUUCUCCUCUUCUCGCCGUCCGCGGGAGAAGCGUGAGCGGGGCCGGGUGAGCGCUUUGGGGUAGCGGGGCCUUUGUUAACGGGGCUUACGGCCAAGUUACUGUUCGCUUCCUGUGAGGCUGCCGCCGCGAUACGGCUGGGAUACUCUGGGUAACCUCGUGAGGGGUCAGUGAGAUACUGUCAAGCGACGGCUGAGAUGGCGCUAAGGCCCUAAGGUAGCGGGCGCUCAGAUACUACCGGGAUCCUGGGAGAAUGUUACUGUGGUGCCGCCAGGGCGCUGCCAGGAUGCCAUCAGGACGCGACUAAGAUGCUUCCAGCAUCUCUCCAGGGUUGGUCCUGAGAUACUUCUCUGAAGGUACCACUGGGGCGGUGCAAAGCCACCAGCAGGGUACUCUCAGGAUACUACAACAGCUAAGGCGGUGCGUCAGCGUUGAGGAGGAUGGAGGCCCCCCUGGUAAGCCUGGAGGAAGAGUUCGAGGAGGGGCCUGGGGACGAUGGGGGGACCCCCCAACGUACUGCGGACCCGGCACUGGCUGAGCUGGAGAGCUUCUCGGCCGAGAUGAUGAGCUUCAAGUCGAUGGAGGACCUGGUACAGGAGUUCGACGAGAAGCUCACCGUCUGCUUCCGCAACUACGAUGCUGCCACCGAGGGUCUGGCCCCCGUGCGGGGACGUCUCCAGGCGCAGGAGGAGGAGGAGCGCCUCCAGGAUGAGGAGGUCUGGGAUGCUCUCACCGAUGGCUUCGCCCCCCGGGGCUCCCCCCGGCCCUGGCUGCUCCCCGGGGCUGAGGCCCCCGACGGCACUGACCCCCAGCUCUGCGAGAAGGAGGAGGAGGAGCUCACCGAGAGGAGUGAGCAAGACUCGGGCAUCAACGAGGAGCCGCUGCUGACAGCUGAUCAGGUCAUCGAGGAGCUGGAGGAGCUGAUGCAGAGUUCGCCCGACCCGGAGGCCGACCCGGAGGGGGAUGAGGAUGAGGAAGAGGAGGAGGAGGAAACUGAGGCUGAUGCUGAAGGCAAAGGCGGUGGCGGGGGCACGGAGCCCAUCCUUCUGCGUGAGCUGCGUGCUUUCUCCCCUGCCUUCAACAACAACUGCUCCCAUGAAGGGCUGGGGCGGCUGUCGGCGCGGGAGCUGGCGGCGGCGGCAGGGCGCGCGGAGGCGGCGAGCCGGGCGCUGUCGGCGGAGCUGGUGGCCCAGCUGGCGCGGCGGGACGAGCUGGCGUUCGAGAAGGAGGUGAAGACGGCGUUCAUCGGGGCGCUGCUGGCGGUGCAGGGGGAGCAGCGGGAGCAGCGGGAGGCUGCCCGUCGCCGCCGUCGUGACAGGGGGCUGAGCCUGCAAGGGGGGCGUCCCGAGCGCGGGAACCACAUGCCCCGGAAGCGCUUCAGCAUGGAGGGCAUCUCCAGCAUCCUGCACUCCGGCCUGCGCCAGACCUUCGGCCCCGCUGCCAAUGAGAAGCAGUACCUGAACACGGUGAUUCCCUACGAGAAGAAAGGGUCGCCGCCCUCCGUCGAGGACCUGCAGAUGCUCACCAACAUCCUGUUUGCCAUGAAGGAGGGGAACGAGAAGGUGCCCACACUGCUCACGGACUACAUCCUCAAAGUGCUCUGCCCAACCUGAUGCGACGCCGCCCUCGCGCCCCCCACCCCCCCCGUCCGACCCCUGAAAAUGGGGCCAAACCCGAGGAAAACGGGUCGCCCACGACCCUGCACCCCCGCCCCGCGCUCGCCCCCCACCCCCGCAACCUUUGCAUAGCUGGGAAAUAAAUAAUUCGUUUCAUUAAUUAA